AUGGUAUGCGAGGGAAAGCGAUCGGCCUCUUGCCCUUGUUUCUUCCUCCUGACUGCCAAGUUCUACUGGAUCCUCACCAUGACGCAGAGAACUCACAGCCAGGAGUACGCCCAUUCCAUCCGCAUGGAUGGGGACAUCAUUCUGGGGGGUCUCUUUCCCGUCCACGCAAAGGGAGAGAGAGGGGUGCCGUGUGGGGAGCUGAAGAAGGAGAAGGGGAUCCACAGACUGGAGGCCAUGCUUUAUGCAAUCGACCAGAUUAAUAAGGACCCCGACCUCCUCACGAACAUCACCCUGGGCGUCCGGAUCCUUGACACGUGCUCCAGGGACACCUAUGCUCUGGAGCAGUCGCUGACGUUCGUGCAGGCACUGAUAGAGAAAGAUGCUUCGGACGUGAAGUGUGCUAACGGAGACCCACCCAUUUUCACCAAGCCUGACAAGAUCUCUGGAGUCAUAGGUGCUGCAGCCAGCUCCGUGUCCAUCAUGGUUGCUAACAUUUUAAGACUUUUCAAGAUACCUCAAAUCAGCUAUGCAUCUACAGCCCCUGAGCUAAGUGACAACACCAGGUAUGACUUCUUCUCUAGGGUGGUCCCGCCUGACUCCUACCAAGCACAAGCCAUGGUGGACAUUGUGACGGCCCUGGGGUGGAAUUAUGUGUCGACGCUGGCUUCUGAGGGCAACUAUGGAGAGAGUGGUGUGGAGGCAUUCACUCAGAUUUCAAGGGAGAUUGGUGGUGUUUGCAUUGCUCAAUCGCAGAAAAUCCCACGUGAACCAAGACCUGGAGAAUUUGAAAAGAUUAUCAAACGGCUGCUAGAAACACCUAAUGCCCGGGCAGUGAUUAUGUUUGCCAAUGAAGAUGAUAUCAGGAGGAUAUUGGAAGCAGCAAAAAAAUUAAACCAAAGUGGGCAUUUUCUCUGGAUUGGCUCAGAUAGUUGGGGAUCUAAAAUAGCACCCGUUUAUCAGCAGGAGGAGAUUGCAGAAGGGGCCGUGACAAUUUUGCCCAAAAGAGCAUCGAUUGAUGGAUUUGAUCGAUACUUUAGAAGCCGAACUCUUGCCAAUAAUCGAAGAAAUGUGUGGUUUGCAGAAUUUUGGGAGGAGAAUUUUGGAUGCAAGUUAGGAUCACAUGGAAAAAGGAACAGUCACAUAAAGAAGUGCACAGGGCUGGAAAGAAUUGCACGGGAUUCCUCUUACGAGCAGGAAGGAAAGGUGCAGUUUGUCAUCGAUGCAGUGUACUCCAUGGCUUACGCUCUGCACAACAUGCACAGAGACCUCUGCCCGGGAUACAUUGGCCUUUGCCCACGCAUGAGCACCAUCGAUGGGAAAGAGCUACUUGGUUAUAUUCGGGCUGUAAAUUUUAACGGUAGUGCUGGGACACCCGUCACUUUUAAUGAGAACGGAGAUGCUCCUGGGCGCUACGACAUCUUCCAGUACCAAAUCACCAACAAGAGUACGGAGUACAAGGUCAUCGGGCACUGGACCAAUCAGCUCCACCUAAAAGUGGAAGACAUGCAGUGGGCUGGCAGGGAGCACACGCACCCCGCCUCUGUGUGCAGCCUGCCCUGCCAGCCCGGGGAGAGGAAGAAGACGGUGAAGGGGGUCCCCUGCUGCUGGCACUGCGAGCGCUGCGAGGGCUACAACUACCAGGUGGACGAGCUCUCCUGCGAGCUCUGCCCCUUAGACCAGAGGCCCAACGCCAACCACACGGCCUGCCAGCUCAUCCCCAUCAUCAAGCUCGAGUGGCACUCGCCCUGGGCGGUGGUGCCCGUGUUCGUGGCCAUCCUGGGGAUCGUGGCCACCACGUUCGUGAUCGUGACCUUUGUCCGCUACAACGACACCCCAAUCGUGAGGGCUUCGGGGCGCGAGCUGAGCUACGUGCUCCUCACCGGGAUCUUCCUCUGCUACUCCAUCACCUUCCUGAUGAUCGCGGCGCCCGACACCGUUAUCUGCUCCCUGCGGCGGCUCUUCCUCGGGCUGGGCAUGUGCUUCAGCUACGCGGCCCUGCUGACCAAGACCAACCGCAUCCACCGGAUAUUCGAGCAGGGCAAGAAGUCCGUCACGGCGCCCAAGUUCAUCAGCCCGGCGUCCCAGCUGGUGAUCACCUUCAGCCUCAUCUCCCUGCAGCUCCUGGGCGUGUGCGUGUGGUUCGUGGUGGACCCCCCGCACAUCAUCAUCGACUACGGCGAGCAGCGGACGCUGGACCCUGAGAACGCCAGGGGCGUGCUCAAGUGCGACAUCUCCGACCUCUCGCUCAUCUGCUCCCUGGGCUACAGCAUCCUCCUGAUGGUCACCUGCACUGUGUACGCCAUCAAGACCAGAGGCGUCCCGGAGACGUUCAACGAGGCCAAGCCGAUCGGAUUUACCAUGUAUACGACCUGCAUCAUCUGGCUAGCCUUCAUCCCCAUCUUUUUUGGGACAGCUCAGUCGGCAGAAAAGAUGUACAUCCAAACAACAACACUUACCGUCUCCAUGAGUUUAAGUGCUUCGGUGUCUUUGGGCAUGCUCUAUAUGCCCAAGGUUUAUAUUAUAAUUUUUCAUCCAGAGCAGAACGUUCAAAAACGCAAAAGGAGCUUCAAGGCUGUGGUGACAGCUGCCACAAUGCAAAGCAAACUGAUCCAAAAAGGGAAUGACAGACCCAACGGCGAGGUGAAAAAUGAACUCUGUGAGAGUCUUGAAACCAACACUUCCUCUACCAAGACAACAUAUAUCAGCUACAGCGAUCAUUCAAUCUGA